CACCCACCCCACACCCCGAGAAUCCGAAGCACAGAACAGUUUCCCCAGCAGCGGCUUUGAAGAAGGGAAGACUGGAGAGUGUCUGGCAGAGUGCGAAGAGGCUGAUGGCAACUCCUAGUCCUUUUAAAGCCAAGACAAUUUAGAGGGGGAAAAGCUCCUAGUCCACUCUAAAGCCAAUGAUGUGGGAACAAAGGUAAAGAAUGAUGUAAUGGCAGGACCAGCCGAAAAGCAUCUUUUGUUUGAGUUGUGAAAUGGCUACUCUAUAGCCUAGGAUGAAUCGGCUGUGAGGGCUGCUUUGUAGAGCAAGCCCUGUAUAACCAGUACAUCAACUGGAAGCCAGAGAAGGCAUUCAUCUUUGGAGGACCCUCUCAAGAGAAAAUGGGUCUAACUUUUCUCUUGCCAGUCACUACCAGUAUGACCUCAUACACUUUGAGUACAAUGGAGUGGCUAAGCCUUUAAGUGCAUAGCCAUUACAUCAUCUUCUUCAUCGUUACUGCAAAUUGGAGAGGAAGGCAGUGGCUAAAGAAGGGCCUCUGUUGUUGUCAUGGCUGAUGAGAUGAAUGGUACUCGACUCAUUGUUGGUGAGAGGCUGGUGGCUUUGUUGGAAAGUGGCAUGGAGAAGUUGCUGUUGAUUGACAGCCGCCCCUUUGUGGAAUACAAUACGUCGCACAUCUUGGAUGCCGUCAACAUCAACUGCUCCAAGCUCAUGAAGCGGAGGCUGCAGCAGGAUAAAGUGUUGAUCACCGAGCUCAUUCAGCAUUCUGCAAAGCACAAGUUCCAGGUUGAAAUUGAUAGCAAGCAAGAAGUGGUGGUAUAUGAUCAAAACUCAAAGAGUGUGGCAUCUGUCUCUUCUGACUCUUUUCUGAGUGUCCUGCUGGGAAAACUGGAGAAGAACUUCAGCUCUGUUCACCUGCUUGCAGGUGGAUUUGCUGAAUUUUCCAGUUGUUUCCCUGGCCUUUGUGAAGGAAAAUCUGUUCUGGUGCCUUCUUGCAUUUCUCAACCCUGCUUACCUGUCUCCAACACUGGGCCAACUCGGAUUCUUCCUCAUCUUUAUCUUGGAUGCCAAAGGGAUGUUCUCAACAAGGAGCUGAUGCAGCAGAAUGACAUUGGUUAUGUACUAAAUGCUAGUCACACUUGCCCCAAGCCUGACUUUAUCCCAGAAUCCCACUUCCUAAGAGUACCUGUGAAUGACAGCUUCUGUGAGAAAAUUUUUCCCUGGUUGGACAAGUCUGUGGAGUUUAUAGAAAAAGCAAAAGCCUCAAACGCUCGUGUUCUAGUCCACUGUUUAGCUGGAAUAUCCCGCUCUGCUACCAUUGCAAUUGCUUACAUAAUGAAAAGAAUGGAUAUGUCUUUAGAUGAGGCCUACAGAUUUGUGAAAGAGAAGAGGCCCACCAUUUCUCCCAACUUCAACUUCCUUGGCCAACUUCUGGACUUUGAGAAGAAAAUAAAGAGCCAGAGUGGCCAAACCGGACCCCUUAGCAAACUGAAGCUUCUGCAUUUGGAAAAAAGCAGCGAACAUGGACUAGGAGGCGGACAGAGCAGUGGCCUUCUCUCCUCUUCUCAGCUCUGUGCUACCUCUACGUCAGAGUCUGUGGAGCAGACGCCAGUGGAGGCUGGAAACCUGCCAGCUUCCUCUUUGCUAUCGCUAGAGGAAUGUCCCUUGGUGCAAGGCAUAAUUGGACUAAAUGUGUCCUCAGACAAAGUCGAAGACAAUAACAGACUGAAACGGUCAUUUUCCUUGGAUAUCAAAUCUGUAUCCUGCGUGGCAAGCAGUAACUGUGUUGCUGCUUCUGGACAGGGGUAUCCUUCCUUGGAGGACACAUUAGAAUACUACAAGCAUUCAGCCACCUUGGAAGGAGGGAGCAAGUUAUGCCAGUUCUCUCCUGUACAGGAGGUUUCGGAACAGACACCUGAGAGUAGCCCAGAUAAAGAGGAAGCAAAGCUUCCGGAGAAAACUCAGAAUGCCUGGCAGCUGGACAGCCAGAGCAAAUGGCAGCACUUAGGGAGAGCUGCUAGCGCCACCCAGAGGUCGCUCUUGUACCCGCUGCACCGUAGUGGCAGUGUGGAAGACAAUUAUAGAACAAACUUCCUCUUUGGCCUUUCCACCAGCCAACAGCAUUUGGCCAAGUCUGCAGCUGGGCUGGGCCUGAAGGGCUGGCAUUCGGACAUCUUAGCGCCUCAAGCUGCUGCAACCUCUCUGACCAACAGCUGGUAUUUUGCUACAGAUACCUCCCACUUUUAUUCUGCUUCUGCUAUAUACGGGAGCAGCACAGCCUAUUCUGCCUAUAGCUGCAGCCAGCUGCCCACCGGAUGUGAGCAAGCCCAUGCAGUACGCAGGCGAGAGAAGCACGGUGACCGGGGCGACUCCCGGCGGAGUUGGCAUGAGGAGAGCUCCUUUGAGAAGCAGUUCAAGCGAAGGAGCUGCCAGAUGGAAUUUGGAGGACGUAUAAUGUCGGAGAACAGGUCGCGAGAGGAACUUGGGAAAGUGGGCAGCCAAUCUAGCUUUUCAGGCAGCAUGGAGAUAAUUGAAGUGUCUUGAAUUUCUGCUCCAAGGUUUUACGUCCUUCCCUCCUGCGUAAAGGAAUUCCCUGUAAAUCUGAAAUUUCAAGAGAAUGCAAGAUGUGCAGCUUCAGUGUGAAGGAAGUUAAUAGGAUAUAUAU